AUGACGGACCUAGAGGUUAACAAAACUGUUGAUGGGGAAUAUGGGUACAAGAAGUACGAUACCCAUGAAGGUAUCUUGUUCUGCAUAGAGUUGACAGGAACUCUUUUUGAACCUGUUGAAUCACUACAAGGAAGAUCGAAUUUACUGGAAAUAUUGUAUUCUUUGAAGGAACUGAUGUAUCAGUUGGUAAUUGUGAGGCCUGGAUCUUCUGUUGGUUGUAUAUUUCAUUAUACCGACAUUAACGGUGCUGUUGAUGGGGUGUAUGAGUUCUUACCUCUUCGGGAUGUAAACGCUAAAGAUAUGAAAACAUUGUCUGAUUUUUUGGAAGACAUCGAGGAGAAGAGAAUCAACAUUUUCCAAUACUUCAAAUUUGAUGGAUCAAAACAUGUCUCUUUAGAACGGCUCUUUCAACUGAUUGGAGAAAAGUAUUCCGAAGAAAGAGAAGAUGGGAAAAAAUUCACCCAUAAGCGAGCGUUUCUGUUCACCGAUAACGAUGCACCCCCUGAAUCAAAUGACACAGAGGCAACGCGGCGGAUCAGUAAGAUUGUAGAUGACCUUGAUGAGACUGCCGUUUCGUUUACUACGUUUUUCAUCGGAAGUGAGGAAGCUCCUUUUGACAACCGUUUCUAUUCCAACGUGUUGAAGCUUGGGGCACAGUUAAAACAUUCCGAUUAUGAUGGGCCUAGUGUGCGUCCUAUUACUGGAUCUGAUAUCAAAGCCAGAAUUUUAAGAGGUAAAGAGAUUAAAAGAACCAUGUUCCAAUGUCCCCUUUAUCUCAACAAGGAUAGUAAUUUUAUUAUUGGUAUCAGAGGCUACGCCAUCGUAACGCAUGAGAAGUAUGGAACCAGAUACAAGUUAACAUAUGAAAAAGAAGACAUCCGGCAAGAGGCUUUUUCCAAGAGAAAAUACCUGAAUUCCAAGACAGGUGAGGAAGUGGAUCCCAAGGAUAUAUCUAAAGUUAUACCGUACGGUGACGUGAAUAUAGAACUUUCUGCUGAGGCACUCCAACAGAUGCGGGCCAGCUAUGAGGAGGAGGGACCGUUUAUGAAAGUAUUGGGGUUUCGUUCAACUGAUUUAUGUGUAAAGUAUUUCAACAACAUUGACAAACCGUCUUUUAUUGUUCCAGAUGAACUGCAGUACGAGGGAUCAAUAAAGACUCUGGCUUCGCUAUUUAGAACCUUGCGAUCAAAAAACAAGUCUGCAAUAAUAUGGGGGAAACCAAAGUCCAACUCGAAUUCCGCGCUCUAUAUUAUGGUGCCAAGUCACCGGGAGGACAGAAACGAUGGAUUUUACAUGCACAGGAUACCGUUUUUGGAUGAAUUGAGAAAAGUGCCCAUUAAGAUGGUGGAUAAUGACUGGACACAGCUUGAUAACGAUCUUCUCACAGUGACGGAAACAAUAUUGAAAUACUUUAAUCUCAGACAGGGCUACAUUCCGUCAGAAUUCAAAAACCCUGGCAUUCAGAACUACUAUAAGGUGCUUCAUGAUUAUAUUUUGCAGGUGGAGGAAAUAAAGCACGAAGGGUGGGAUUUUUCUCAAGAAGAAUUGUUGCGCCAAGAUGAUACUUUGAAGAAAAUUUCACAUAUCCGAGGAAAGAUUGAAGCCUCGAACGACUCUGACAAAGUUUUAAGUGGGUAUAUGAAUAUGUGGAACCUAUUUUACAAAAGUCUCGAAACCAACAAUGUUAAAUGGUCUGAACCCGUUGCGAAGAAAGCAAAAAUAUAG